AUGAUGUUUCACUUGGCCAGAUACACACAAAGUAUUCUCAAGAUUCGAAGUAUUCAGCAAGUUAUGGCGAGACAGAACCAUGAUAAACGCUUACCGGAUUUUCAUGAUAAAUAUGGCAUUGCUGUGCUAGCAGGUGGAACCGCUUUCUGUGCUGUUGCAUGGGUGAUUUUAUCCACACAAAUGGGAAUAGAAUGGAACCUAUCUCCUGUUGGCAGAGUUACCCCAAAAGAGUGGAAAGAAAAUUAA